CUAUGUCACAUUAAAUAGGUUCAGUUAUUAGGGUUUCACUGUCGCUAAUAACCUAAUUAACUACAAAUCGUUGUAUUGGUGGCCAGUCAACACAAAGCAUUAAGUAAUUUCAUGCAAUAGAGAUUGGAAGAAAAGAAUCAUAAAUCAAUCCAUCAAAUCACGAAAUAGCUACAUCCUAUGGUGUUUCCCCCAUAAAUUGGGGUUUAGUUCAUGACAAAAUUAAGAUAAAUUGAUAGGGUUCUGUUCAUCAUGUUCUAAAUCAACAAGAAAAAACUAAUUCGGUUUAGAAAAUCCAACCAACUAAUCGCUCUCGUUGAAUUCGGCUCAAGCCUUGAAGAAAUUGAUCGUCAAUUGCCAAUCGCCGCUCCAAUCUCUGCUGUUCGCGCGAGCCAACUUUGCUGCGCUUGCUUUUUCUUCGCCAAAGACUUCCGCCUCUAUAAUCCCCCUCCAGGAGAAUUCCGCCGCCAGCUGCCUUCAAUCCCCUCUAAGAAAUAAAGUCACCCUCUUCCUCUAAUAGCCGCCCAUCAAUUACAAGAUGCCCACCAAAGUAAUUCUCCAGUUCCGUCCAAAGAAUUUCCCUCUGCUCCCUGUCCAAAACUAGCCGCCCAAAAGGAGAAGUCCAAAUGGGCUUUGGCCCACUUCCCACAGCCGCCAAAUCCAAGGAGGGAAGUAGAAUGGGCUUUGGCCCAUUUCUUGUCCCAAGAGUUCCGUCCCCAGUAGUUCGAGCCCUAUUUAUUGCUUAUGCACUCACUCCUUUUUCGUGCUUUCUCCAUCUGCAUCAUAUCAAACUCAUGGCACUAGGCAAUAAUGGUUUUUCAACCAUUUCCGGGUUAGCGAGCCCUAAAAUAGCACCAAUCGGCCUAAACAUACCAUGGAUAAUCACAUAAAGCCCAAAAAUUCAAUAUGUUAAAACUGAUUAUCACUCCUCGAUUCAUUCGUCCCGUUCUUUCUUUCUUUCAUUGGCCUAUCACGCUCGACUAGCAAAAGCACCUGUGAUUGCUCCUGUACAAGCUCCCGCUACACCAACCCAAACCCAAACACCACCAUCAUCAGUAAUAGGCCAAUGAAUGGAACCCAGAUGGUGGAGUACUUCGGCGAGCUGGGCUGGGUGCUGUUGCUGGUGCAGUGCUUUCUGUUGAGGUGUUGGAGGCUUCUCGUGCUUACUGGGAUUUGUGGUCGUCGGGGAAGAAGGGAGCUGUUUGAGAUAUGGAGGCGGCGGGUCGUCGGGGAAGAAGGGAUUUGUUUUCGUUUGGGAUAUGGAGGCGGCGGCUCGUCGGGGAAGAAGGGAUUUGUUUUCGUUUGGGAUAUGGAGGCGGCGGCUCGUCGGGGAAGAAGGAGGAAGAAGAAUAAUGGAAGAUAGGGUUUGUUUGGGUUUGAUCGAAAAGGAAAGAAGGUGAGGGGAUAGGGUGGGGAUGGGUGGCCAAAAGUUAUUGUUUUUUUCUUUAUUAUUCAAUUUUGUAAAGGAAAUAAAAAGAAAAAUGAAAUUAUAAAAAAACAUUUGUGACAUGGCAGUGACGUGGACAGUUGACUAACGGUCAACGGUGUUGACCGUCCAAACAAACGGUCAAACCACGCUCCAUGCCAAUUCUGUCUAUAUGCUGCAUAGUUCGGGCCAGGAUGUUAAUUUCUCAAACACGGGCCAAAGUUGAUUACAUGGUCAUAGUUCAGGCCAUAAUAAGGUAUUAACCCUAAAAAUAACUAAUUAGACUUUAUACCAAGUUUUCUUUAUUAUCCUUUGCUAAAAAUUGACAGAGUGGUUCCUGCAACCUUACAAAGAGGAGGCUUGAGUUUAGAGACGUUAAUGCGACACCAAUUUAUGAAGUCAUUAUCAUUGAUGAUGACGAGCCUGAUGUGACAACCAUAUCUGAGGUAGUCGUGGUACAGUUACAUAAAUGCUUAGUAUUAGGCAGUAUAUUAGAUUUUAUAGUAUUUGACUUUUUGUGUCAGGUUGUAAUGAAUUUUCCUAUCACUAGUAGCAUGCAUUUGACUUCAGAAGAGGUUGGACUGGCCUAUUACAUGUUCGUGGAAGAUCUUGCUACCGAAAAGAUACUAGUAAAAAAUGGUUCCCAGUCCUGUACUCGUAGCUCACUGUUGAGCUUGCUGCCUAACGAGUACCUAUAAGAUGAGGUAAAUUAUGUCUUUAACUUUUGGUAUAUGUUUUAAAUAUCCAUUAAAAAUAAUUAUGUUGUCUGUUUUUAAGGUCCUUUCAAUGUAUGCGUAGUAUCUCAACCUCUCUGUCAUGUAUGAUAAGCAACAUAGAAUUGAAAGCAAAUCGUGCUUUCUCCCUACUUAUAUAUAGGUAAUCAAAUAUGGAUCACUAGUAAUAAUUUUUUAGAUUUGUC